CGCGCGCGAUGGCGGCGGCCGUGGAGGUGCGCGGGGUCCCCGGCGACGUGGCGGACGAGCUGCUGGUGCUCUACUUCGAGAACCGGCGCCGCUCGGGCGGGGGCGCCGUGCAGAGGUGCCGCCGGAGGGGCGCCCGCGCCACGCUCACCUUCGAAAGCGCCGAGGACGCCCAGCGGGUCCUCUCCAGAACGGACCACCAGCUGCAGGACGCCCACCUGACGGUGCACCCGGCUGCUCCUCGGGAUUAUGGGAAGGUGGUCCUGCAGGGCCUGAACCCCCAGACCAGCCGGGACCUGGUGGAGCUUUACGUGGAGAGGAUGUUGAACUGUGAGAGCGGUGUCUACUCCGUCUUCCGCAGCCACAGGGGGGACCAGGCCCUGGUGCAGCUGCCCAGUCCGUUCAGCAACGCAGAGUUCCUGGCCUUGGCAGAGCAUGUGCAGAGUCGGCCGCUGGACGGAGCCCACCUGGCGCUGGACUGGGUGGAGCAGACGGACAGCGUGCUGGUGCAGCGUGGGGAGGGCCCCGGCCACAGCCCCCUCAGUCAGGACCUGCUGGAGCUGUACUUUGAGAGCAAGCGCAGCGGUGGGGGGCCAGUGCGGGCUGUGAGGCUGCUUCGGGGGGCCACGGUGGCUGUCAUCUCCUUCCAGAACCCAGCAGUGGUGGAGAAAGUGCUGCAGAAGACCCACCGCCUCCAGGACGGCAGCUUGGCUGUCUCCCCCCACUACGACUUCCUGGAGCCCCCCGAGCAAGAAGGGGCUGGGGUGGACGGAGCCCCUCCGGGGGACACGGGGACCCCCUUCGCCCUCCUUCCCCUCCCGGAAGCCUUUCCCCGGCAGCUGCUGCAGGUGGACCUGGUCCUCCGGGAGCUGAGCACCCCUGCCCCGGAAUGCGUGAUCGCCCCGGACGAAGCCGGCCUGCGCGUCUCGGGGGGCGACCCACUGCGCCAGAAGCGGCUGCUGGAGCACGUCCAGGGGGUCCUGCAGAACGUGACCCCCGAGCGCCUGCCCUUCUCUGCCUGGGUCCUGGACUUCCUUCGGCGGGAGGAUGUGCGGAGUCACCUGGCGGAGAUGCUGGCCAAGCGGGGGCUGGGCGCCUGCUUCCUCCCUGCUGCGGACGAGGUGCUGGUGGCGGCCCUGAGGCCCGAGACGGCCCGCCUGGCCACCGAGCUGCUGGGCUCCUCCCUGGGCCACUUCGCCCUGCCCUUGUCGGAGAGGCACCUGCCAGCCCUGGCCUCCCCCCGCUGGGCACAGCUGCAGGAGGCUCUUCCCUGCUGCCUGGUGCGCCUGGACGAGGGCGGGGAGCAGCUGGAGGGCCUGACCCUGGCUGGGAUGGAGGCGGAGAACCGGGCCCGGCUGGCGGCCUUCCUGCAGGAGAGCAUGCCCGACGAGAGCCUGGUGGCCAUGGAGCCGGGCGCCCUGCGCUACCUGCAAAAGUACUACCAGGACGUGAUGGAGGGCAUGGGCAGCGUCACCCUCCUGCCCCUGGAAGGAGACGACGUCACAGGCUUGCGGCUGAGUGGGGAGGCCAGAGCCUGCCAGGCGGCAGCUGAGCUCCUGCAGAGUCUGCUCAGCGCCAUCCACACCCAGACGGUGACGCUGGAGCUGCCGGGCAUCAGCCGCUUCUUGCAGGAGAAACGGGGCCAGGAGGCGGUGCAGGAACUGGAGAGGCGCUUCCGUUGCACCAUCGGCCUGGAGAGGGUCCGCUGGAGCCCCCCAGAGACGCAGCACGAACUGGAGAUGUCUCAGGAGCCGCUGGCAGUGAGCUGCCCGCGAGAUUCCCCGCAUGGGCAGGAGCGGCUGGGAGCCCCGGUGGGCGCAGCUGGUGAGAAGAGUGACGCCAACCUGGAAGAGAUCAAGAGUCUGUUGGCUGCCCUCCAGCCCCCCAGGUCCUUGGAGAACAUCACGGUGGAGGAGGAAGAGCAGGAGGACCUGUACACAGCCCCUGAGCAGGGGGCAGAGACGGCCCCUGCAGCUGCCAGGGCGGAGGGCACUGAUGCCGAGGAGGAGGAGGAGGGGGCGCUGGAGGAAGGACCCCUGGCCCUGCGGAGCAGCGCAGCCGAGGAGGAAGAGGAGGCACAGCUACUUCUGGCCAUCCAGCAGUCGAUGGACAGCGCCCGGCAGGAGGAGGAGGAGCUGCGCCGGGCCGUGGAGCUCUCCCUCACCAGCUGGGCGCAGGAGCAGGAGCCCAGCGCUGACGCCACCUUCCUCUCGGCCCUCAACAUCUCCCUGGAGGAUGCGAGGCAGGUGGCCGACUCGGCCCAGGUGGCCGUCUUCCUGGGGGCAGAGGAGGACGCGGCCCCCCUGGCCCAGGAGCUGCAGGCUGCCCUGCGGGCCCAGGUGCGGGAGGAGAUCGUGCCCCACGCUGCUCUGCGCUCCCUGGCGCCCCCCUGCCUCGCCUACCUGGCCCACCUAGAGCGCAAGCACGCCGUGCGGAUCUCGCUGGAUGGGGACGUGGCCGUGGUGCGAGGCUUUGCCGACUACCCCGUGGCCGCCACGCGGGACCUGGCGCUGCUGCUCACCCGGCUGCUGCGCACAGAGGCUGCGGGGGACCCUGGCAACGCCUGCUGGGUGCACUGGGACCCCCAGGGGUCCUCUACUCCAUACUCUGCACAGGCCAGCGCCCUUCUGGAACAGGCGUGGGGUCGGGGGCUCAAGCACCUGGACGUCUUCUUUGACGGGCGCCCCUUCGCUAUCGACUUUGAGCGCAUGGAGGAGUACAACCUGGGCAGUGCCCGCACUGUGCCCAUUGGCCGCCUCCCAGGUCCUUCUGGCCCUGUGGGGCUGGACGAUGGGGAGGCGAAGCUGGUGCAGCUUGUGGAGGGAACAGAGGAGUUCCGAGAGACGGUGCGCCAUUUCUACGACACCCUGGAGGAUAUGCACAACAAGAUCCGCAUCGUCAAGGUGGAGAAGCUGCUGCACCCUCUUCUCUACCAGCAGUACCAGCUGAAGAAGGUGGCCCUGCUGAACGUUUGUGGGCGCCGGGACGUGGAGCGCCUCCUCUUCCACGGCACCACAGAGGAGUCCAGCCGCGAGAUCUGCCUGCACGGCUUCAACCGCAGCUUCUGCGGAAAGAACGCCACACGCUACGGCCACGGGGUCUACUUUGCCGUGAAGGCUGUCGUCUCCGUGCAGGAGAUGUACUCCCCCUCCAGCAGCGAUGGCAACAAGUACAUCUUUGUGACGCAGACGCUGACUGGGGACUAUGCGCUGGGCAACCCGGGCAUGCGGGCGCCGCCCCUGCGGGAAGGGGAAGCCGUGCCGCGGCGCUACGACAGCACCGUGGACAACCUCCGCAACCCAGCCAUCUUUGUCAUCUUCAAUGACACUCAGGCUUAUCCUCAGCACCUCAUCACCUGCCGCUGGUCCAAGCAGCCCUGAGGGGGGGGGGCUGCGAGGGCUGCUGUUCCCCUCUCCCCCA